UAGGACGACCCCUAAGUGCAAGUGGUUUGUGAGUGGUAAGGGUCGUGUCAGGGCGGUGUGUUGUGGCUCUUGUGCUGAGAACGACCGUUAAACCUGAUGAUUCGGACGUGGAAAUUCAUGUUGACCUGAAGAAAGAUUUUAUCAUCUAGAGUUGUGUGUCUGGAAAAUAAGGAACUACUCGCAGGUUCAGGGAGUCCCGUAGCAGGCGUGGCGCGCAACAUCAUGGAGGGUCGCCAGUGCUCCGGCCUGGCCACGCAGCAGCAGCAGGGCGCCGACGAUCACCUACAGGAGUCGCAGCCUAACCCCCCGGCGCUCGAUGCCAGCCCCCUCUCCCCCUCUUCCACCUCCUCCUCUUCCUCUUCCUCCUCCUCUUCCUCAGACUCAUCCAGCUCCCCAUCGUCGCCGCUGCCAACCCUUCCGCACGUCAUUGUGGACGAGACGCGAGAGGACACCACCGACCGCGGCAGCCCCGUGUACAAGCCCACCACGGAGGCCAAGAAGGAGGGUCGUUGGGGCUGCUGCAAGAGUCUGCGUCGGGUCAAGCAGUACAAAGCCCUGGGUGUCGGCGAGGGGUCCCCGUGCGCCCGGCGGAAGCGGCGGCCGGGUAACGGAGGCGAGGUGUCUUCCGAGCCCAAGAAAUGUCUGUUCACGCAGUACCAGUGGAUGCUGCUGGUGCUCAUCUGCUUCUCCUCCCUCACGACCUCCCUCGCCAUCUGCCUCUUCCCGCCAUUCUUCCCCAAAUUGGCGCAGAAGAAGGGCUGCUCCUCCACACUUUUCGGCCUUAUCAUCGGAACGAACUGCCUCACGUCCUUCCUGGUCACGCCCUUCAUCGGCAAAAAGCUGAACAAAAUUGGGAUCAAGUUCGCUUUCUCGGCCGGUAUCUUCGCUAGUGGCGCCUGCUGCAUCCUCUCGGGGCUGCUGGAGUGGUUCCCGCCCGGCGCCGUCUUCGUCACCACUGCCAUCAUGAUCCGCGCCGCCCACGCCACCGCCAACGCCCUCACCAUCACCUCCAUCUUCGCCUUCAUCGGAAUGGAGUUCCCCGAGUCCAUGGCGCAAGUGUUCGCGUGGACGCGCACCGCCAUGAACGUCGCCCAGAUGCUCGGCCCCGUGGUGGGCGGCGCGCUGAUUGAAGUGGGCGGCUUCAAGCUCCCCUUCCUCGUCAUGGGCAGCAUCCAGAUGUCCAUGACCUUCCUCUGCUGCAUGCUGCCCCCCGAUGAGCCUGAGGACAAGACCAAGCCGGAGGGGUCUAGCGAGGUGUCCAUCUGGCGGGUCAUCACCAUCCCCAGCAUCUGGAUCGCCUUCAUCACCUUCAUCUUCUCCACCAUGAGCAACGGAUUCCUCUCCAUCAACCUCGAGCCGCAAGUCCUUCGUCCGUUCGGGAUGAGGUCGCUCUACGUCGGGCUGCUGUUCGGGCUGAAGGACGGCGCCAACAGCCUCGCCGCGCCGUUCUGGGGCUGGGUGUGUGACCGAUACCGCCGCUUCUCCAAAGUCUACAUCUUCUUCUCCUCCAUCCUGGCCUUCGCGUCCUUCUUCUUCCUCGGCCCUUUUCCUGGACUGCCUCUGGAAAGGACCAUCGGGAUCGUCAUAAUGUCCCUGACCCUGAACGGCGUAGGCAUCGGCGGGCAGCAGGUGGCCGGGGUGGUGGACGCAAUGCGGGAGGCCGUGCACGCGGGUCUCCCUGACGAGGCGAGUCUUCACGGCUGCGUGGCGGGGCUGUGGGCGUCCUUCUCCGGCAUCGGCCGCUUCUCCUCCAGGACAGUGUCGGGCUACCUCGUGGACACCAUCGGCUUCCGGAACACCUCGGCCAUCGUAGUGGCGCUGCACGCCUUUGUGGUGGCCAUGACCGGUACCUACCUGGCCGUGUUCUGGCGGCGGGAGUUCGCGCGGAAGCAGGGCGGCGGGGAGGAGAACGAGCGGGACCGAUUCAGGGGCGUCCUCAACACCUCGCCGGCAGACCCUGUGACGACCAAGACCAUCAACAUCGCCACGUCGCUCCGGGAUAACAUCGAGGACUCCAUCGUGCUCGGCUCGGCGCCCAUCCCCGUGUCCACCAGCUACGCCCGCGGCUACCUGAGCUGCUCGCCAUUCAACCGAGAGUCCGUGUAGCGCGAGGCAGGACACUGCGCGGGGCAAGCCAAGAUGCCUCAGGCGGGGCCGGCGGGGCGGGGCGGCCGGGGUCGUAGUGAGCGUGGAGAAAGUCUAAUUAACUAUUCUGAUUGAUUAAAUGUCGAAAAAGCUCCCUGUGUGAAGGCCGCGUGGCGGGUGCGGGCAGUGGCGGGGGACGGAAGGGCUGGGCGGCGAGGCGUGUGCCCGGCCAUGGGUGACAUUCACCUCUUUAUACUUGCUCGCACGAGCUGCCUUGCGAAGCCUCGUCACCUGCGUCUCCAGAGCCCCCUCGUCCUCGCCAGGACCGUCGAGCAGCGGCCGGCGGGCGCGGCGGGGGGCAGGAGGCGGUGCUCCCAACCUGACCCACGGACGUGCGUUUAUAGUUAACAGUAUUUAAUUAUAGAGAUAAUAGUUUCGAUAUUAGUUAUAUUGUACAUAGAAUAAUGAUUUAUACUAAUUUAUUGCCCACAAUAAUGUAUAUUAUAUUGUCCACCUAAUUAUCUGCGAAUAUUAAAAUCAGUAUACAACCUUCG